AUGCAGUCUUACUUCCGCUACAUCACAGACAAGGGCAUUGCCAACCUCGAGCACUACUCCUACUCGGGUGUCGACAACUCUUUCUGUGCCAAGCACUUCCUCAAGCAUUGGUGGAACUUUGGUGUUGAACGACUCACUCCAAUAUGGUUAGCUCCAAACUUGAUAACAUUAUUUGGAUUGUUCUGCAAUAUUGGAAUGUACUUGAUAGCAUACUUUAUGUUUCCAACACUUACAGAGGCUGCUCCGAGAUGGCCAUACUUUAUCAUUGCUCUUCUGAUAUUCGCCUAUCAAACAUUGGACAAUAUUGAUGGCAAGCAAGCCCGUCGAACCAAGUCAUCAUCACCUCUAGGCGAGUUGUUCGAUCAUUGUUGUGAUGCACUAAGUGUAGCUAUGUUUGCUAUUGUAAUGUCAGGUACUAUUAGAGUUGGACCUAUUUGGGCAUUUGUUAGUUGUAUUAUUGGAUUCUGGCCAUUCUAUUUAGCACAUUGGGAGGAGUACCAUGCUGGUAUUCUAGUGCUUGGAGAGUUCAACGGUCCAACUGAAGCACAGGUAUUGUUCAUCAUCAUUGAACUCAUCACUGGCAUCUUCACUUCCGACAUUUGGACCGUUGGUCCAACCAACUUUACUCUUGGAAAUAUACUGAUCAUAUUGAUGGCACUGGCCGCCAUAUACUCCAUCUAUACAAAUGUCCACAACACAUUCAAGUUACCAAACAGGAUGCCAUUCACAAAGUGCUUGAUGCAACUGACACCAUUCACAAUCUUCUUCGUUCUCAUCAUUAUAUGGGCUUCAACCAGUGCAAUGCUAGAGUCCCAACCUCAUCUAUUCAUUAUGACCAUUGGUAUAAUAUUCGGUUAUCUACAGUCAAGGUUCAUUACUCAAAGAGUUUGCCAUGAUGACUGCAAGAUGUUCUAUCCAAUAUUGAUACCAUUGGCACUAUGUGUAUUCAAUUCUAUUCUUAUUAGAGGAGGUGUACAUUCAAUCAGUGAGUUACCAUUACUCUGGUGCAUGUUUGCUUUGGCAUGUGUCCAAUUCCUUUUGUUUGCCUAUUUUACUACUCAUCAACUAUGUGAUCAUUUGAAGAUCAAAGUGUUCACCAUACCCUACUACAGCCAACAACCAACAUCACCUGGUGCAGAGGUGUCUGCCUCAUUGCUCAAUGCCAUCGAAGAGGGACAGGUUGAACAUGUAGACGAUGACGAUAAGAUAUAA